AUGGCCGAAGCCGUUGGUUUAAUAUCUCUCAUUGCAGAUGUCAGCAAAACCAUCAAGGGUCUGAUAGACUACGCCAAAGCUGUGAGGGGCGCGAGGUCCGAUAUUGAAAGAUUGAGCGAAGAGCUUUUCGCCCUGGAAGGUAUACUGAAGUAUCUACCUGCACAGACCGAGCUUGAACCCCAGCUUUCUGAAUCAAAUGCAUCAGCGCCUUUCGACUGGAAGGUAGUGGUACGCGUGCUGCAAACCACAAGCGAGUUCCUCCAGUCCCUGCUCAUGGAUCUCGAAGAAUCAGGGACCAAGUUAAAACGAUUAAGACAAAAGUUGGAAUGGCCAUUUACGAAACAGCAAUUUGAGACGCAUCUGGCCCGCCUGGAAAGUGUGAAGUCAUGGCUGAUCUUGGUUAUUACUAACGACAGCGCUUCUCUGAACCGCGACAUUCACGGUGAGAUGAUUCGUCUGGCAGUCACCUUGGAGAAAGACUUGACGAUCCGGGACCAUGAGCGGGAUCAGGUCGGUCUUCUCAGUUGGCUGGCUCCUGUCAGUCCGGCGAGUGCUCGCCUACGAGAAUCAAAACAUCGCGAGAUUGAAACGGGGCGAUGGUUCAUUGAUGGGCCUCUACAGCAGUGGCCGUGGAGAAGUGACAAACAAAUGAAGUUUCUCUUCCUCAAGGGUAAAUACCCGGUUAACAUCCUGGGCUCGCUCGUUGCCCAGCUUUCUGACACGAUACCCUCGAUAUUGGAAAGCAUCCGGCCACUUUACGAAAAGACUCCGAACGGCCAGGCACAUAGGCAUCCCAUCGACAUUAACGCUCUUGAAGAUGCAAUAGUCAAGUAUUCCUCUCAUGGGACACGAGUCAUCCUCAUCGACGCAAUAAAUGAAAGUCAACACAUAGAGCGGAUCAAGCAAUCUCUUCAGAGGAUCGCGUCCCUGUCGACAAACCUCCGAAUCCUUAUAACCAGCACGGUAGACGUGAUCUCUCCCGCUCAUGCCAAGAUAGUGAACAUGAAUACAGAAAACAUUCGGGUUGAUAUUGACGCAUUUAUUUAUUACAGGUUGGAGGAGGAGGGAUUGAAGCAACUGAGCACAACACUGAAAAAUAAAAUUCGGACUACUCUAUCGAACGGUGCCGAUGGAUCAUUCCGUUGGGCCCGGCUCUCGCUUGACAAUCUGAGCGCGCAAAGAACUGAAAAGUCCGUGCGGGAGGCACUGCGAGAACUACCGGGGACAUUGCGGGAGACCUUUACGAAACGGCCCCUUACCCUUCGCGAGCUGAACGAAGCGGUGGUGCUCGAGGAGACAUCCACGGCCUUGAACGACGACAUGAGGUUGAUUUCUCCACAUGCGCUUCUUCAGAUCUGCCAAGGGCUGAUCACCCAAGAUCGAUCGGGAAACGUAACACUUACUCAUUCAUCCAUCAAGGGCUUUCUGACGUCAGAGUGGAUUCGCUCUUCGGGAGUGCAUUUCUUCAGCCUGGAUCCAUCCACAGCCGACCAAAUCGUCAUGCGGAAGUGCCUUGCAUAUCUCUGCCUCGAUAAUUUCCGACCCGGGUACACAUCAUCUGCAGCUUCAGCUACGGAUCGUCUAGAAGCAUAUCCGUUUCUGGGUUAUGCCGCCCAAUUCUGGGCUAUCCACGGAGCGUCUUGCCAAUUCGAGGAUCGGGACCGGGUCCUCGUCAAUCGGCUUUUCGAAACAAAAUGCCUCCCCCGUCGAGGCAACUUUGGCGUGUGGGUACAGACUUUGAUCCCACACACAGAUGUGGGAAGCAUCGAAGCAACACAUCCCUUGUACUACGCCGCAUCCUUCGGCUUAGUGCCAGUGGUCAACGCAAUCCUUACUUCUGACCCAGAAGUCAAAAUCAAUGCUCCAGGUGGCCGGUUUAGAUCUACUCCUCUUUUUGUUGCAUGCUGGCGCCAUAACUACGAGGUGGCAGAUCUCCUUUUAGCUUGUAGAAAGGGGACUUGUCUGGAGAGACAUCGGCCCCGGGGAUAG